AUGACAGACAACCCCACCAAGUUCUACUACAUCGGCGUUGACGUAGGCACGGGCUCGGCCAGGGCAGCGCUGGUCGACGACGACGGCAACAUCCUCGCCGAGUCCACCCACGCCACGCAGACGUACCGUCUCGAGUCGGAUGCGCGCAUCUUCGAACAGUCGACCUCAGACAUCUGGUCUCAGAUCAAGCUGGCCAUCACGCAGGUGGUUGCUGCUUCCAAAGUCGCCCCGAGCCUGAUCAAAGGGCUUGGAUUCGAUGCCACCUGCUCUCUCGCUGUCACCGACUUCGACGGCAACCCGAUCGCCGUCACCCCUCAAUCUGGUUCUAGUGCACGCGAGUGGGGACCUGGAGAGCGUAACGUCAUCCUUUGGGCCGACCACCGCGCCGAAGCCGAAGCCGCGCUGAUUAACUCGAGUGGCUCCAAGGUGCUCAACUACGUGGGCAAGACCAUGUCGCUCGAGAUGGAGAUCCCCAAGAUCCUGUGGUUGAAGAAGCACAUGCCUGCGGGACUCUUUAAGCAGUGCAUGUUUUUCGACUUGCCCGACUACCUGACGUACAAAUCGACGGGCUCACUGGCGAGGAGCAACUGCUCGUUGGUGUGCAAGUGUUCGUACAUCCCCCCGGGUGUGGAUGGCUCGGAGCUCGGGUGGCAGCCCGAAUUCUUUGAACAGAUCGGGCUAUCCGAGCUGGUCAAGGACGACUUCAAGCAGUUGGGCGGCGUUCCCGGUCGCAAUGGUAUUGUGCUUACUGCUGGUCAACCUGUCGGUGAUGGUCUCACUGCCGAGGUGGCGUUUGAGCUCGGACUGCUGCCCGGUACAGCUGUGGGAUCCGCACUCAUCGACGCGUACGCUGGCUGGGUCGGCACCGUCGCUGCACCGGCCACCAACCCGGUCGACGAGAUCCAAAAUCACCCGUCGCUCAUCAGCUCGCAGAAUAGACUCGCAGCCAUCGCCGGGACAAGCACGUGCUACUGCGUCCAAUCACCAGAUGGCAUUCUCGUAGACGGCGUAUGGGGUCCUUAUAAGCACGCCGUCUUCCCUGGACUGUGGAUGAACGAAGGCGGACAAUCUUCGACGGGUCAGCUGAUCGACUUUAUCAUCGAUACUCACCCUGCUGCCCCCUCCCUGCGCACUCUGGCUUCGGAAAGCAACCGGUCGCCGUUCCAGGUGCUGCACGACAAGAUCGACGCACUGGCACAGGAGGCUUCCGUCCCGCACGCUUCGUACCUGACCAAGGACCUGUUCAUCUACCCGGACUUCCACGGCAACCGAUCUCCUCUCGCAGAUUCGCAGAUGAGGGGUAUGAUUACGGGGCUCAAGCUCGACCGGUCCGUGGCGGAUCUGGCGCUCAAGUACUACGCGACGCUCGAAGCGAUCGCACUGCAGACGCGCCACAUUGUGGAAGAGAUGAACAACAAAGGCCACAAGAUCGACUCGAUCUACAUGAGCGGUGGCCACGUCAAGAAUCCCGUGUUCAUGCAGCUGAUUGCCGACGUGUGCAACAUGCCCGUACAGCUGCCGUUCAGCUCAUCGGCGAGCGUCGUUGCGGGCUCGGCCAUCCUGGGCAGGUUUGCUGCCGACGUCAAGGACCCCUCGUCGACGCGGGCCAGCGGCCCACAUGCUCCGCAGCAGCCCACAAGCAUCCAGGACCAAAAGACGGCGGAAGAAUCGUCGUUCAAGUACAAGGAUCACCUGUGGGACCUGAUGGUCAGGAUGACCAAGCCAGGCACGCUCGUUUUUCCGCAAGACGACAAAAAGCUGAACAAGCUGCUCGAUGUCAAGUACAAGAUCUUCCGAGAAUCCAUCACGAUCCAGCGCAAGUGGAAGUCGAUGGUGGCCGAGGCUACCAGCUAA